AUGUCGGGGCAGCCCAGGGCCUCCUUGUCGCCGUCCACGCGGGACCAGGCAGUCCCCAGUGUGGUGACACGGGUCUCGCAGUGGGCAGUGGAUCACUUGUGCCUCGUCCAGAACAUCAGCACUAGGAUGGCCAUUGCUGGAAUAAUGUUAUUUCUAAGACAUGUUCAACUGACAUCAAAAUUUACAAAAUCUUCAGAUAUUCCAGCAGAAUUUAAAAGAAAGAAGGUUAAAUUACGUGGACAAUUAUAUCAGAUAACUGAGAAUGGUGUAGAAAUUGAACAUAUUCCCAUUACUUUACCUAUUAUAUCUUCAUGGAGAAAGGAGCCAUGUGAUGUUUUGCUGGUUAAGCUGGCUGGAGUAGAACUCACCAAAGGCGGGAAAGCAUGGUUACAAAAAGAGCUAAAAGCUUCCUAGCUGCUAUGGUUCCAACUUCUUGGAAAGGAUAAUUCAAUACUCUGUUGCUACCUUUUGGUGAAUAAAGGUGGAUAUUUUCAUGUGAAUUUGAAUGAAGAAAUUUUGCUAAGAGGCCUGGGUAAAACUGUUCUUGUUAAAGGGCUGAAUCAUGAUUCCAGAACUUACUGGACAGUUCACAGAAAAUUGCUUAAAGCUGAAUUAGCAGCUACAAAAAAAGGAGAAGGAAUGUGGAAGGAAGAAUCUGAAAAAGAAAGUCAUUUGGAAAAAUUCAAAGAAAUGUGGAAAAGAGAAAAUUUAAAAGCAACUGGAUCAGAUUUCAACUUGAAAAAAGGAAGUUAUGACAAAUUUAGAAGAACUUAUGAAUCUUGGAAAGACAGCUUGAGUAACUACUCCUUAGUACUGAAAUUCAGAGAAUUUAUGAGUCACUUGCAUUUUUGUAGGAAAGGGUGAUAUAUCCCAGAGGUCUAGAGGUUACUCCUUGGAAGAGUAGAAUAGGUAAAUACGGACGUUUUUCACCGAGUCCAUGUGGAAGUUUCCAUAAAUGAUCAAAGUUGAAUUUUAAUGGUA